AUGAAUACGGAGGACAGUGAGGAUUCGGACGAGGAGGAUUAUGAUGAUGUCAAGGUACCAGCAUUCAUACAAUUACAGGAGGCAGCUCAGCCUUCACUUGCAACACAGGCGGAUGGUGAAUUGGAAACACCAAUAAGUGCUCCUACUGGAUGGUCUUCGUCAUUGUCCACAGCAAUGGCGGACAGUACAUCCAGAAGUACAACGCUAACACGUGGUUCCACAACGUCGCCAUGGACGUCGCCCACUGUACCGACCACGUGCACUGCGUUUUCCUGUCUCAACGGCGGCAGUUGUGCUGAAGGGAAUGGAGGGAUUCAGUGCUUUUGCCCGGAUCUGUACACAGGCGACUCUCAUGUCCAAUGUUCUGCCUCUACCACACAAACAUUUCACGACCUUUCAACACAGGGGGCGGGACCCAUCACAUGUUUCCCCGCCAAUACUACCAGCCAAUCAGAUGUUUGUUUCGAUGCGGACGACCCGCUAGUGUAUUCCAUUGAGGACUCCAACCCUGGACCCUUCAACAUCACCUACCACGCCAUCGGGGACACUUUCUGUCUGUAUGCUGACCCGUCUAUGGUACAGGGAAGAACUCAAUGUUUUCGUCUUUGGGCAACAGAGGCAGACGACCUGUUGUAUCGACCCUGGCGAAAUGCUAGUCACGACCACUGCGUGGUGUUCAACUCGCCCCCAGUAUUAUCUGGAAAACCGUACUCUGUCACAGUUGAUGUCUCUGACCUCAGACAAGGCUUGACUUUACUAGACCUCAACUACACUGACAACUUUGUCUACCCGAACAUUGAGUUUUCCAUCAAAAGCAUUACACCUGCUCCUUGGGGAAAUUUCAUUGGUGUUGAAACAGCAACAGGAAUCCUCAGUCUGGUUGCAGAUGUACUCGUGCCAGUUAACAGAUAUCAGAUGGUGGAAAUCAACAUAACGGUAACAGAUGGAGGAAUCCCUCCUUUGUCUGAUGAAGGUGUAGUACAUCUUAUUGUCCUCAACGGUUCUUUGGUAUGUACAGCCCCACCUCUGUACCUCAGUUUAGGGGCCUUACCAAAUGGACAGACCAUUCUUGGGACCAUCCAAUGUUCAGGUGUAUCCGACGGUACCCUCACAUUUACUGUUGAUUCAUCACAAGGUUUGCUGGCUGUGAACUCCCAAGGAGACUUGUUUUUAGUUAACCAAGGAAUAUCCUCAUCUGGUACCUUCAUUGUACAAGUGAUGGUCCAACAGUCUCCGUUCCCUAGUGUUAUCGUGGAUGUUAGUGUCAGCAUUGGUGAUUUUGAGCCAGAGUGUAUCCCUUCUCCAAAUCUAGUCCUGAUGAUUUCGGAAGAAAUUCCAGUAAACAGUUGUUUUGACCUCUACCAGUGUAGGUCGCCAUUGUUUGCGAACCCUGUGAAUUGUGCAAUAUCAUCAAAUGAUACCUUAGUGAACUACUUAGAACUAGACUGCCUGACUGUGAGUCAGACCGACAGUUAUUAUCUGGUCAAUGUCUCCAUAUGUGUUCAUACAAGUUUGGCCCUGCAAAAUCAGCUUGGCAUGCACCAGGUGCAUGGAGAAGUCUCGAAUAGUUUUGGAACUACAACAUCCAGUUUUGAAAUAGAAAUUCAGGCAGGAAAUUUCAAUUCUCCAGUUUUUAUAACAAUCUAUUAUGUGGUGCAGAUUUCAGAGAUGACGGCUAACGGUACAGACUUGUUCCAAUUAAGAGCUGCCGAUGCUGAUAUCAAUGAUAUCCUGACUUACAGUAUUCUUAAUGAGAGUUUACCAUUUAUUGUACUUGGUGACAAGCUGCUACUGAAUGGGAAACUAAACGCUACUGCUCGGAAUUCCUAUGCUUUCCAGGUCAAGGUGACAGACCUUGUCGGACACGAGUCCACAGCUUCGGUAUCUAUCUCCAUCACCGAUGUCAAUGAACCACCAAUAUGUGUUACUCCAUUCUCCUUUGUUGUGGAUGCCACAGCUACCAGUAAUCAGGUUGUGACCCAGCUGAGUUGUUACGACACAGACAUGCAGACUAACUACAGCACUUUUAUUUAUCUUUUGGACCCAUUUGAAUCAAGUUCAAUAUCCACUCUACUGAAUGUGAACUCUGACGGACAGAUAGUCCUGUUACAAGACAUGAGAGGAGAUGUGGAGUCCUACACCUUCACUGCCCUGGCUAGAGAUCAAGGGGGGCUUAACACAUCCAUACAAGUCAACAUGACAGUCAAUAGAAAUUUUGCCCCCAUUUGCCCCAUGGGUUUCAUCGAAACAGCAAUAUUGGACAAUAUUGGCCCAUCACAGUGUUUCAGUAUAGAUACUGGUUGUACAGAUCCACUGGCUGGAAAUCUCUACUACACCCUCAGCGGUGGAAAUGGCACUCAGUGGUUCAUUGUCCAGCCAGACCUGCCUGAGGUGUCAGUGUCCACACUGACCCUUUGUCCACGUGUCAUGCUGACCAGCAGGCUUGGUUCCUGGCAUGUCAACGUUGAGGUCAGAAAUCAGUUUAACCUGACAUCACUGCUGGUAAAUGUGAUUGUGGAAGAGAAAAAUGAUCGUCCUGUCUUUGUUGGUCCAGUGUAUGUUGCCAGUAUCUCCGAGAAAGUUCCUAUUGGUUACAUCUUCUUACAGACUACGGCACAAGACGCCGACAUCUUGCCUAUCAACAAUCAGCUCACCUUCUCACUAGAUCUGGGCGACAUUAUUGGAUUUGAUAUCUCAAGUGAUACAGGAAUGAUCAGUACCUCUAGAGUGUUCAAUGCCUCCAUAAGGACGACAUACCAAUUCAAAGUAAAGGUAGAGGAUCCCCAAGGUCUUAGUGAUGAGAGGGAUGUGGUGGUGGAUAUCCUGGACGAGAAUGACCCACCACAGUGUGACUCUCUUGUCCUCAAUAUCCCUGUCAGUCUUAUAACAUCUCCUGGAACCUUGAUUGGAGCAGUCAACUGCUGGGAUGGAGAUAUCCUGGCUGAUAAUAAAAAGCUGGUUUAUGUACUAAGUGGACCCCUUGAGAAUUAUUUGGUUGUCCGUGACAAUGGCUCGAUUGAACUGACCCAAAGUUUGCCACGAACUUCUACCACGACCUACUCAAUGACCCUUAAAGUGUAUGACCAGUUCAUGAUCAACAACAAUACCCAGGUUGGACAUCUGACCAUCGCCAUUGCGAUUUUGGUUGACACCAGCAUCCCUCCGGUGUGUGACCGUAUCAUCACCACAGCAAUCCUACAGGAGAAAGACCCUCAGGGCACCUGUGUGGGCCAGGAAGUGAUCUGUGAAGACCCUACUGGGGGCAGUGUCACCAUUAUCGCCUCACAGGGGACAGGACUUGAUGUGGCCGAGAUCAAGAGCCGAGCCAGCGGCAGUACCAGUAUACUUCCUCUAAAUGUCUGUACUGCAUCUAGCAUCAAAAACCGUAUCCAGGAUUUCUCAGUGUCUGUUAUAGUCAGCAAUGGUUUCGGUACUCAGACGGUUACCUGGACAUUCAGUGUUGAGGAUGAGAAUGAACCGCCUUAUUUUCUAAACUCCUUAUUCAACAUGACAGUAUCAGAAAGCUCCCUUGUCGGUACAACGGUAUUGAUUCUGGAGACUGGAGACCCUGAUUAUGAUGCAGUGUUUAAAGAUGUCACAGUUUCCUAUGAUGUGAUCAAUGUCCCAGACGAUGUUGCAGUGCCUAUAAGCUUCCUGCUUGAUUGUUGUUUCCUUGUUACGGGUAAACUAAAUGCUACGGAACAAGAUGUCUAUUUCUUCAACGUCACACUCACAGAUGGAGGAGGACUUUCAAUAGCCCGAGUUGUGUCUAUUUGGAUUUCUGAUCAGAAUGAGGCUCCAGUAUGCUCCCCAGCAACCUUGACAGAGUCAAUUUCACUUUUGGUCCAGGAGAAUGAUGUUAUAGGCCAACUCAAUUGUUACGAUUACGACAAAGAUCCAAACAACAAGGAAUUAUUUUACCAGUCUAAUGUUGAUUACUUCCACGUUUCUAACCAGGGCGAGCUGGUGAUUAGUAGAUCUCUUGACAGAUUCAUUCCACGUUACACAGUACUGGUUAAUGUCCGAGAUGGUGGUACACCUCCACUGUCCACCUCAGUGACCAUCAUAGUCAAUGUCGACACUGCUAUUAAGGCUGUCUGCCAGCCAGAAGUGCAGUACCCAAAUGUCUGGGUCAAAGAUCAGUGUGUUUCCUUGACGAUGAACUGUGUUGACCCGACCUUACCUGGGCAGACGACACACCUAACUUACGCAGAAAGCGGGAAUUAUACCGCAGGCUUUAGACAGAUCACAUCACCAAAGGGACAAUACCAGCUUUGUUAUAACCUUGUUCAGAGUGGAAGUUUCGGGAUGACAGUAUCGGUGUUUAAUGGUUUGGCGUACUACAUGUACCACCAACCAUUAGAUGUGAAAUAUGACCAGUCCAAUCCAGUAUUCAGCAAAACGACGUACUAUGUUGGUGUACAAGAAACCCAUAUAAUAGGACAGCCUAUUACGACAGUGAAUGCCACUACAGCCUCGUCCAGCGGCUCGAUAGUGUAUUCCAUAACAGGAGGGACCUGGUCCAAUGUUACCAAUAUUUUCCUUCUUGAUUCAUCAACUGGGGCCAUUACUACACUGGUAGGACUGAGGAGUUAUGCAGCACAGACCAUUGUUUUGGAGAUACAGGCAUUGAAUGACUUCUCCUUGUUGCGGUCCACUGCUAGGGUGGAGAUUUCUGUUACUGACAUCAACGAAGUACCCAGCUGUAUAUAUCGAGAUGGAAUAGUUGGUAACAGUGUUUCAGUGGGUGUGGAUGAUGUUGUUGGGACAUCAAUGUUACACAUACAGUGUACGGACUAUGACAUCAUAGCAGAAAACAAACAGCUCUCAGCUGUCCUCACCUAUACUCCUUCAGAUACUGAUGUGUUCAUACUUGAGGAGCAAAAUGGAGAAUACAUCGUCAAAACAAAGACAUUGCUACCUGUUCGGACAGGGACCUAUGACCUUACACUGGUCAUCUCUGAUGCAGCCACACCACCCCUAAGUGUACAGAUUCUUAGACGGGUUGUAGUUGACUUACUGCCACCAGCCCCUUUGUUCAGUGCCUUUCCGAUCAACAGUACAGUGAUCCAAGUAGAGUGGCAAUAUGAAAGAGCUGAUUACUACGGGGUGACCACUAGUUUUGUUCUGGUGGCUGUGUCCAGUUCUGACCGACACACAUUUGUGACCCAACCUGACCAAGAAGUGACCCAGAGUCUCAUCACCAGACUUAUCCCUGAUGGAGUACAGUGUGGAACUGACAAGCGUCACAAAUUAUGGCAAUGUUACUGCUUCAUCAGUCACUGUAAUAAUGCCAGCUGUACCAAUCCUGUCCAGUUUAAUGAUGUCCCUGCGGUUACCAGGACAACAGUUCCUCCAGACUCUGCUUGA